AUGUGUUCGAAUAUCAUCAAACAGGAAGCGCAGCAGGGAAACACCAGCGCCAUUGCCACCGCACUCGCCACUGCUUCUGCCACUGGCAAUUGGAAUGCUGUGGCGAAGGCUGUCUCACAAGCGGUGACAAAUGGCGCUCCAGCAAAUGCUGUGGCCAAGGCCGUCGCUGCGGCCACCUCCAAUGCACCUGUGGGAGCACCGGCCCAGUCAGUGCCCCCUGCCCCACCGGGAGUCAAGAAUGGAGGCGAUGCAACAGCAGCGGCAAAUGCAGCCGCCACAGCCAGUGGCAGAGCUACAGCAGAAGCAUACGCCUCGGCUGCAGCCAAGACGACGGCGACCAAUAACAAUGCCAAGGCCGUGGCCGCUGCAAGAUCUGAGGACAUAGAGAAGGCUGUGGCCAGCGCCAUCGCAUCAGCAAGUGCUUCAGUCGUGUCCACAGGCGGCACGGCGCAAUUGAGCACAGAGGCGGUGUCGCGCGACGUGCAGGAUGCAGCACACGUCUGGGCAAGUCAGAACGGCAGAUACGUCUUGAAGGUUUAUUGCAGAGGUGUGGUAGGUUAG